AUGUACUCACGCGGUAGCAGUACCCCUCCGACGCCGCAACUCCAGCCCCGAGCCACGGUCGCGCUACCUGCAGCUACCCGCCGCCGUCCUGUCCGCUGUUCUUUCAGCUGGCUGCAAAUGCAUGCGGGGCCCGGCCAGGUCAGGCAUCGUCUGCGAUUCUCAACCCUCAACCUUGCAGCAGCUGAGCUCCAGCCCGGCCGUCUUUGUUGCCUCCAGCCCAUUCCACGACCUCGAGUUAUAAGACUCGCCUGUGCCCUCUCGCCGGCCGCCUUUCGCAGCCGCCGCAUUCGGAAAUCGCCUAAGAUACACGUGAUUGUCGCUCCUCAGACCACCCAGCACCGACGACUUCCUCCAGCUGCCGCUCUCACCAACACCAUCAUCUCCCACCUUGUGCUCCUGUGCAUCUUUACCCGCCAUCCUUUGCAACUCUCCUCCCCAGCCCCAAUGGAGGCCCAGCCAUCACCGAUCAAGGCCACGCCAGGCCGUCGCCGUCACCCCCGAGGCGGCAAGCCAGCGCCCCUCAAGGCCUAUGCGUCAGAGAACGAUGCUGCCUCCUACGCAGCCUCAUCACAGCACCACCACCACAGGGCGCCGCAGACGCCCAAGAAGAUCCUCUCCGCGUCGCCUGCGCCGGCGGAGCGCCAGAACAACCAGUCCAGCUCCAAGCCGCGCAACAAUCGCAACAACAAGCCCAAGGGCAAAAGCGACGCUUCGCCGCCCAACUACCAGCUCAGCAACCACAACCAGUCUCCCUCUCGCACAUCUCCACCAAAGGCAAUCUCCAGCACGCCCUUUGCCGGCGCUACCUUCCACGCCUCGCCCGCCCCUGCGGAUCUCCCAAUCCCGAGCUUUCUCAAGUCAGCAAGCGACUCGCCAGUGGUCCGCCAGCCAAGGGGCUUCAUCUCCCAGCCCUCUCCUCCGGCCACGGACUCGGAGCUGCCCACGCCACACAGGCCGGUGUCUGCCUCUCAGCACCGCGAAUCGCCGCUCGACUUCAUGUUCCGCGCUCAUCGAGAGGAAAAGGCCCGCCAGGAACUCGACGGAACGCCCGUUGCCGCACCGCCGCUGGUUGGCGCCAUGUCUCCCCCGCGCCACUUGGAUGCUCCCCUCACGCCAACAGCGUCUGACCUUGGGCACAAUCGUCGCAUGUACAACCGACAGACGUACAAUGGCAAUGAAAUCUACGAGCUGGAUGGCACCGGAGGCCAGCCAUUGGGCCCGCCAUUCUCGACUCCCUACAACGAUCGGAUCCAAACUGCGCGCAACCAUGCCUCCAACCCGCCUCCUGCUUUCGGGAACCCUCUACCCACUCCAGUUAGCAACGCCCCUAGUCAAGACCCGACGGAAGCCCUCAAGAGGUUUCUCUUUACUCCCCAGUCGGCCGCGUCAACGGCUCCGUCGUCUGUCGCCCACAACUCGCUGCCUUCUCGCCAUGCCCCAGCCUAUUCCAACAGCCAGACGGAUGGCCCUGGGUACGAAAGCGCAGGCAGCAUCCAAGCCAUGGAAAAUGAUCUUCGACGAAUCUUGAAGCUGGAUCUGGCGGUCGACCGCCCGCCUACGGAACGCAGGCUCUUCACCCACUAG